AUGGAAUCAAUUAUCGAGAGUGAAAACACAGUGCUGAAACAAGAGAUUAGUCUCAGGGAAACUAUCAGUGAGAGAAACCCCUUAGUUAAUUCAAAUGGACAUACUAAUGUUGUUCCAGGGCUAUUUUGCUGCAUCAAAGACUCGUUUGGAGUAACUCCUAUAUGGACUAUGAAGACUAGUAACAAAAUCAUCCUGUACAGACCUUUAGUCUUUAAAAUGCAGUUGACUUAUAAUCUACUAUACUGGGAAGAGAAGAAUGGAGAACAAAGUAUAAGAAGAGAACAGAGAAGAAAGAGCAAAAAGAUUAUGGAGACUAUCAAGGGUCUGGAUAUAAAAUAUAUUGAGUGACUGGAAUUUGAGGGUAGUGGUUGGUUUGAUCCAUUUGCGAUAGAUAGAUUCAUUUUUAACAGUUUGAUAAAACUGAUCCCAAUAAUCUUUUCUUGAUUGAAACUUGAUGGACUAUAUCUUCCAAAGAAUAAGUUCAAACUGAUAUUGAACAAUAUUAUCAAACUUGAUUGUUUUGAGAUUAUUGAUUCUGAAGUUUGGACAGAAGAAUUAGAAAUAUUGCCUACGAGGAACCCGUCCAUACGUAAAAUUAAAAUUCUCGGAUGAUAUCUUCGCAAGGGCUGAACGGUAGAACCUUGACUUGAUUUGAAAGGUCUAUUUACUUGUGUCUCAAAAUCUUCACUUAGAGACUCUGUUGAAUUAAUUUUAAUAAAGAGCUUUUUAUAAGCCACUUUGUAUCUCUUGUUUGAAGAAUUAGCUAAAGUAAUAGUUUCCUCUCUUUCAAAUUGCUAGCUGAAAUUUGAAAUUCGGGGAGGAAAUCACAAUAAUAGCAUGCUCAUUCUCUUAUCAUAUUUAAAUCUUCUCCCCAAAGACUCUGAGCUAGCAAUAUAAUAGCCAACAUACCUAAAAAAUAGCCAAUGAAUAAGAUUAGAGGCUUCCAUGACUUUCUGUGUAAUAAAAUACUGAAGUUUAAGAAUGAAAUGUUAUUCUGAAAUUUUUAUAUUUCUCUUUAUCAUAAUCUUUUAUAUUCAUUUGUAGAGUCUUGUCAUUUAGAAAUUUUGGAAAAAUAACUUCAUCAAAUUGCUUAUUAAAUGGAUUAUAAUGAAUAGCGAAUUUAUGUAAAUAAGUGUUGAAAGAGGAAAAGUUAAGAAUUUAAACCAUUUUUUUAUUCUAAUAGUAAGAUUAGUCAAAAUAUACCGUUAAAUACGAUUAGAAAAGUGAAACUAGAAUGGAGUUUAGAAGUUAGAUGCUAUUAGCCUCUGAAUUCUCCUAAAAGAGAAAAUCUAUUGAAGUAUUAUAAAGUUACCGGGUUUUUAUAUAUUAGUUUGAUAUAUUGAAGAAGAGGAAUGAUAAAAUAGGCGCUAUAGCUGCAAAAGAAAAUGUCUUCGUUAUAUUAAUUUGUGUUUGAAACGUAUUUAUUUGCUGCUCAUUUGUGCCCAGAAGUUUAAGAUUUGAGAAAUACCAACAUCUUAUACUAGAUUUCUCUCAACAUGAAGAAGUUUAAUGAUCUCUAUUUUAUAAUCAAAUUCUAUAAUAAAAGAUUGUGAAAUUGAUAAUGAAGCAAUAGAAGAAAUGAAGAAUGAAUAUCUCAUUAGGCCUGAAAUUAUUAAAACUUCGGAUGAGUCAGAUUCUUCCUAAAAUUAACCUGGAUGAUGCAA